AGUUUCUGUUCAUCCGGCAGUGUUUGUUCGAAGCCUGUCGAAUUUCUUGUGGAAAGUUGUAGAUGUAUUGUUUUGUACUAGAUGUACAGUUUUUCGUGAUUGUCGAGAGGGUGUAGUUGUGAUGUGGUGUUACUCUGAGCAAAGCCUUCGUUGUAUUUUUGUGGUGUUCUGUAGGUGGUGCAGCUGAUAUCCCGCCCAAAUUAGAAAAAAAGAAGGCCAUCAUUAACGUAAAGAACAACGAUGACAGAUGUUUGAUGUGGGCGUUGUUGUCAGCGCUGCACCCCGUCGACUACAACCCACAGCGUGUAUCCAAGUACACCCAGUAUGUGGAGGAGCUGCGGUUCGACGGUGUGAUGUUCCCUGCAACUCUCAGUGAUGUACCCAAAGUGGAGUUACAGAAUGGUCUUGCAAUCAAUGUGUUUGGCUACGAGGGGAAUCUGUACCCACUCUAUCUCAGCGAGCGACAGGAGACUCCCAUCAACCUGCUUCUUCAUGAGAACCACUUCACAUGGAUAAAAAACUUCAGUCGUGCAUGCGAGAAUAAGAACAGACACGCAACACACUACUGCUUGCGAUGCCUCUCCGCACACAAAACAGCAGACUCCCUGCAGCAUCACAGCGAGAGAUGUCAGGUGAUGAAGCCUGUGCCAGUAGUCAUGCCCACAGCAAAGGACAGCAUCCUCAAAUAUACAAAUUUGAAGCACAGGAUGGUGGCUCCAUAUAUCAUUUACGCUGAUACGGAGGCCAUCAUUGAGCCGAUGGAGGAACAGCAUGGCAGCAGCACUGUACGCACAGCACGUCAUGUACCAUGCAGCAUCAGAUAUGCUGCCAUCCGAUCCAACGGUGAAGUCCGUGGCGAGUUUGACGACUGCAGUGAGAAUGCCAUUCACAACUUUUUCGACAGUCUCAAAGAGUUGGAAGGCAGUAUCCAGGAGGAUUUGGCGGAUAUCAAGCCAAUUCAGAUGACGGCAGAACUGGAGCUUGAGUUUCAGAACGCAGUCAACUGCUGGAUAUGUGAUGAAGUACUUGGAGAAGAUCGUGUUCGUGAUCAUGAUCAUCUCACUGGCAACUACCGUGGUGCUGCACACUACCAGUGUAAUAUUCAGCUGAGUAUCUACCCAGAUCGCCAGAUCAUUCCGGUUGUGUUUCACAACCUGAAAGGGUACGAUGCUCACCACCUCAUCGCCCACAUUGGUAUGACCGAGGUUGAAGAGGUGGAGUACGAGGACUCUAACCAGCGUAAGCGGAUUAAGAAGGUUGGUGAGAUCAGUGUCAUCGCCAACAACAUGGAGAAAUAUAUUUCAUUCAAGUGGCGUCAGUACCGCUUCAUCGACUCCAUGGCCUUCUUGAACUCCUCUCUGGACUCGUUGGUGAGCAACACUCCGGAAGAUGCCUUCAAGCUUACUCGUACAUUGGCCCAUCAUGACCUUCUCCUGCGUAAGGGUGUCUACCCCUACGAGUACAUGGACUCCUUUGCUCGGUUUGAUGAGACACAGCUGCCACCUAAAUCAGCAUUUGAGUCUAGUUUGACUGGAGAAGGUAUCAGUGAUGCCGACUAUGCCCAUGCUCAGAACGUAUGGCAGACAUUUGAGUGCAGUACAAUGGAGGCAUAUCAUGACCUCUAUUUGCAAACAGAUGUCUAUCUUCUAGCAGAUGUCUUUGAGCAUUUCCGCAAGACGGCAUACAAGACGUAUGGGUUGGAUCAAGCCCAUUACCUUACUCUCCUAGAUGGUGUUCUCUGUUAG